AUCAGAAAACUAUUAACUCUAUAAACGUAAGUAUGAAGCAGUUUGUCAGGGCGUUUGCUCAGACAGCCAUGAGGCUGCUGAAGAAGCUCAACAAAUACUCGUCGAUUGUUACGGAAGAUGUCAGUCAAGGUGCCUCACAAGCCAUGUUGUACGCUACAGGCUUCACCGAUGAAGAUAUGGGUAAAGCUCAAAUCGGAGUGGGGUCCGUGUGGUGGACCGGAAAUCCUUGUAAUAUGCAUUUGAUGGACUUGAACCAUAUUUGUACCGCUAGUGUGAACAAGGCUGGAAUGAAAGGGAUGCAAUUUAACUCGAUCGGAGUGUCUGACGGUAUUACCAACGGAACUGAGGGUAUGAAAUACUCAUUACAGUCAAGAGAAAUCAUCGCUGACUCUUUUGAAACCAUGACUUUGGCCCAGAUGUACGACGGGAACAUCGCCAUUCCUUCGUGUGAUAAGAAUAUGCCCGGGGUGUUGAUGGCUAUGGGAAGACACAAUAGACCAUCCAUCAUGAUGUAUGGAGGUACCAUUUUACCCGGUGAAACCACCUGUGGCCAGAACAACCCCAAUAUGCCCAAGAAGGUGGACAUUGUGUCGGCUUUCCAGAGUUUCGGACAAUACUUGUCAAAACAAAUCAGUAACGAAGAAAGAAUGGAUAUCAUCAAGCACUCAUGUCCUGGACCAGGUGCUUGUGGUGGUAUGUACACCGCCAACACCAUGUCGAGUGCUGCUGAGGUAUUGGGAUUGUCGUUGCCAUACUCGUCGUCGGCACCCGCUGUUUCUGCCAAAAAGAGGGAAGAAUGUGACAACAUUGGUUAUGCGAUCAAGCACUUGUUGGAAAUUGACUUGAAACCAAGAGAUAUCAUCACCAAGACGUCGUUUGAAAACGCCAUCACCUACGUUAUUGCUACCGGUGGAUCCACCAAUGCUGUCUUGCACUUGAUUGCCAUUGCAUCGUCUUUUGACAUUGAGAUCACCAUCGAUGAUUUCCAGAGAAUCAGUGAUGCAACACCUUUGAUCUGUGAUUUCAGACCAAGUGGUAAGUACGUCAUGGCCGACUUACACGACUUCGGAGGUACUCCUGCUGUCAUGAAGUUGUUGUUGGAAGAAGGAUUUUUGGAUGGUUCACAGUUGACUGUCACCGGGAAGACCAUUGCUGAAAACUUGAAAGAAUUGCCAGGGUUACCCGAAGGCCAAGAUAUUGUCAGACCUAUUAACAACCCCUUGAAGUCUACCGGACAUUUGCAAAUUUUGAAGGGUUCUUUGGCUCCGGGUGGUGCUGUUGGUAAGAUCACUGGUAAAGAAGGUACUUACUUCAAAGGUACUGCCAGAGUUUUCGACAAGGAAGAAGGAUUUAUUGCUGCUUUGGGUGAAGGACAGAUCAAAAAGGGUGAGAAGACCGUGUGCGUCAUCAGAAACGAAGGUCCUAAAGGUGGCCCAGGUAUGCCUGAAAUGUUGAAGCCCAGUAGUGCAAUCAUGGGUUACGGUUUAGGUAAGGAUGUUGCCUUGUUGACUGACGGAAGAUUCUCUGGAGGUUCUCAUGGUUUCUUGAUUGGGCACGUGACUCCCGAGGCCGCUGUUGGUGGACCUGUUGGUUUGGUGGAAGAUGGAGAUGAAAUCAUCAUCGAUGCCGAGAACAAUAGGUUGGAUUUGUUGGUAAGUGAAGAGAUCUUGGCGGAGAGAAGAAAGAAGUGGUCUCCUCCAGAACCAAGAUACAAAAGAGGUACUUUGUUCAAGUACCUGAAGUUGGUGACCGACGCCUCUAAAGGUUGUGUCACCGAUUUGUGAAAGAUGCAUGGGGAUUAAUUUUGCCUAGAAGGCAUUGAAUUUUUUUAUAUUCAUCUUUUCACUUCUAAAGUCGUCGAAUGACUAGAAAUUAUGUACAUAGUCCAUAGAAGGAUUUAAUAUCACGAUAUUUAUACGAAUAGCGUCUAGGGACAGAGUUUGGCCAAGAGGUCAAGAAGCCAUUCCUGAUCAUUUUUUAGGUUGGGAUAGUGAUACGCUUGUUUUAGCACAAAGUAUGGCAUCUGAAGCUGAGAAAGGUUCUUGAUCGACUCAACUUGUAGCUGUUGACAUUCUUGUAUUAUUUUCAUAUCAAACUCAUGCAAGCCAUUGG